GACUUACGCGUCGUCUGUUCGGUAUAAGUUGACGCGUCUAGCACUAGCAAGCACUUUUGUAAUUGUUCAGAAUUUUGCAAGAGUUUACCAUGGCACCUACGAUCGAUAGAAGAACGCUCGAGUCUGAGGUUGUGGAUGCGGAGGGUAUGGACGCGACGAUUCUUGACGUCGACGAAUUGCAGGCUUUGGGGAUCAAUGCAGCGGAUAUUCAAAAGCUUCGAGCUGCCGGGAUUCAUGCUAUUUCUACUGUACUGUCAACCACUCGCCGCAACCUCCUAAAAGUAAAAGGGCUUUCUGAAGUAAAGGUCGAGAAGAUCAAGGAAGCAGCGGGGAAGUUGAUCAACGUCGGCUUCAUUUCAGCCUCCGACCAAGCGCAGAAUCGGACGCGGGUGGUGUCGAUUUCUACGGGGAGCAAGGCGCUUGACGCGGUGCUGGGUGGCGGGAUCAAGACUAUGAGUAUUACUGAGGUGUUUGGGGAGUAUCGGUGUGGCAAGACGCAGUUGGCGCAUACCUUUUGCGUGACUGCGCAGUUGCCGAAGGACAUGGGAGGAGCGGAAGGUAAGGUAGCGUAUAUUGACACGGAAGGAACGUUCCGGCCGGAACGACUUCGAGAUAUUGCAGAGCGGUUCGGAGUGGAUGCCGAUCAGAUUGUGGAUUCGAUUAUGGCGCAGUUCAGGGUAGAUUACUCUGGGCGAGGGGAGUUGAAUGAGCGGCAGCAAAAGUUGAAUCAGAUGCUGGGACGGCUGAAUAGGCUUGCGGAGGAGUAUAACGUUGCUGUUUUUAUGACGAACCAGGUGCAGUCUGAUCCGGGAGCGUCAGCGUUGUUUGCGGCUGCAGACGGACGGAAGCCGGUGGGAGGACAUGUGCUGGCACAUGCGUCGGCAACGAGACUUUUGCUUCGGAAAGGACGUGGAGAAGAGCGCGUGGCGAAGGUUUGUGGAUGCUAUAUAUAUUGGAUUGAGGGUGGAGGGGGGUAGUGGAAAGGGGUUUAGGAGGAAAAAUAGGCUAAAAUGGAGAGGAGAUGUUUCGGAAGAGGAGUGCUAACGGGAAGGGAUAGUUGCAAGACAGUCCAGAUAUGCCGGAGAGGGAGGCGACGUAUUGUAUUACGGAAGGUG